AUCAGUGCUUGUGGCCAAAUCGAAGGAGCCUGAUCACAGGGUCAACUCACACUCACCGUUUCGUUAUAAAUUUAAAAUAGUAGUUAUUUUUCUCAGGGAAAUUCUCAGUGAAAUGUUACACGCCAGCAUUAUAGUAAGCACCGUGCUUAUGGUAGUCAGCGUCGUGCUGGCGCAUCAGCCACCAAUUGAUGUGCAUGUACCGGAGACAUUUUCGAGCACCAAUCGGUUCUUAAUGACCGGACUAGGUAUGCCGUUAACCAGUGAUGCUGUGCCACGUGAAGAACUAGAUCCCAAUUUUUGGCGUCGCUCGGCGAAUGAAGAGUUGCAGCAACGCUUGAGAAACCCGUUAAAUACCAACAAAGCAAAGAAUGUCAUCUUCUUCCUAGGGGAUGGUAUGCCGCUAACCACAGUUGCCGCGGCGCGUAUACUGAAGGGACAGCGUGAGGGAAGACCCGGCGAAGAGUCACAAUUGAGUUUCGAAAAAUUCCCCUACAUCGGUUUGAGCAGAACCUACUGUACUAACGCACAAGUGCCCGAUUCGGCUUGUACCUCCACCGCUUACCUUGCUGGUGUAAAAACGAAUAUUCUUUCUUUGGGCGUUGGCCCAAAUGUCGAAUACAAUGACUGUAAAGCAUCCAUGGAUCCGGCUAAUGAUCUUACAUCUCUCUACGAUUGGGCACAGGCUGCUGGUAAAUCGACCGGUUUCAUUACAACAACUUCAUUGACACACGCCAGUCCGACCGGUGGUUAUGCGCACGUCUCGAAUCGUUUAUGGGAAUCCGAUACGGAUACACGCAACUAUUUAGGCGAUGAUUAUACACCGGCUUGUAAAGAUAUUGCCCAACAACUGGUUACUGAAGAACCGGGACGUAAAUUGGAUUUCAUAAUGGGUGGUGGUAUUGGUAAAUUUUUACCCAAAACCAUGAUUGAUCCAUUCGGUAAGCCCGGUGAACGUUCAGAUGGUAAGAAUUUACUCUCCGAAUGGCAACGCCGACAUCAAGGUGGAGUUUUCGUCAGCAGCCGUAAACAGAUGAACGCAAUCAAUCUUGAAAAAACUUCCAGCAUUUUGGGUAUCUUCCAAUCGAAGUUGAUGAAUUUCCAUCAUCAUGCCACCGAAACUGAGCCUACUCUAUCCGAAAUGACCGAAAAGGCUAUUAAGUUUUUGAGUAAGAACAAGAAUGGUUAUUUCGUCUUCAUUGAGGGUGGUCUCAUCGAUUAUGGUAAUCAUCAAAAUAUGCCUGGUAUCAGUCUUGAUGAGACCAUUGAACUUGAGAAGGCUGUGGACUUGGCGCGUCGUUUAACAGAUCCCGAAGAUACACUCAUCGUCGUUUCCGCUGAUCACGCACAUCCACUCAGUAUCUCUGGUUAUCCCGAGCGUGGCAAUGAUAUUUUGGGUCUGAAUAACAUGGGCGUCGAUUCUAAUGGUGUGAGUUAUGCUACUCUCAAUUAUGCUGUUGGACCUGAGCAAUAUUUGGAUGAAUAUGGCGAACGUAAAGAGUUGCAUGGACAAUUCGGCGGCAAUCCAGAUUUCAUCUUCCCAAGUUAUAUUAAGGCCGCGAUGGGCAAUCAUGCUGGAGAUGAUGUAGGUGUUUGGGCGUCUGGACCAUAUGCUCAUCUCUUCACUGGUCACUUGCAACAAAAUACACUUCCGCAUCUAAUGGCCUAUGCAGCCUGUAUUGGCGAAGGUGCUAAGUGUUGUGAUUGACUCGCUGAAAUGGAAAGAAGUUCUCAAUUUGUAACGGUUAUACCGUCUCUGUUUCUGUAAACAAAAAAUCCGUCCUCAAAAUUGCGUCCAAUGUAGAUUUUCAUAAAAACACGUAACGUUUUCGAGAAAACAACUUCAAUAUAUUUGAAUUCUACACAACUGUACUUU